AUGUCAAAUACGGAUCCAAUUAAUUCUUUUAAUACUAUUCUUAAAGAACUUCAGGAUUUACCACCUCCUGGUGUUUCAGGCUCUAGAAUUAAAAAGCUAACAGAUAUAGCUUUACAAAAUUUCAAUGAAGAUAAUGAAUCAAAAAUUGUAACCUCAUUAUAUUCAAAUUGUAAAUCAAUUAAUUCUAAAAAUAAGUUGGGGAUGUUAUACGUAAUUGAUUCAAUAGUUAGAAAAUAUAAAGAUGAAGCAGAUAAAAAUAACUUAGAAAUUUCCAGUAAUAGUGAAGAAGGUACUUUUGCUUCUGCAGUUUUUAAAAUUAGUGAAUUGAUCGAAUCUAUAGUUGAUGAUGCUUUAGAAUUUACUGUUGAUCCUGCAACAAAUUUAAAAAUUAGUAAAUUGAUUGAUAUUUGGGAUAAAUAUGAAACUUUUCCAUCUGAUAUUAUUAAAAAUAUUAAGAUUAAACAUUUUCCAUCUUAUACUCCACCUGGAACUCCUCCUAAAACAAGUGUUGAACCAAUUAAACCAAAAAAUAAUGCUCAAAAUGAAUCAAAUAGUAUAUUAGCUUCUUUAGCUUCUUUAGCUUCUUUAGCUCCAAAAUCUUCAACUCCACCAUCUGCUCAUUCAGAUGUUAAUCCUAAUCCAUCUCAACAACAGACACAACAGCAUAAAAACGUGGAAACAAAUAAUAUUUUAUCUCAAUUAUCUGCUCUUGCGGGUAAUAAUAAUACUACUACUACUAAUACUAAUAAUAAUAAUAAUGAACAAAUAUCGUUACAACAAGUUCAAACCGCCUCACCACCUGCAGCCAAUAAUGAACAAUUGAUUUUAAAUAUGUUACAACAAAUGCAAGGUCAAAAUGUUGCUCAAUCUCAAGUACCAGAAAAUAAUUAUCGUAGUUCUCGUGAUACUUCAGUUGCUAAAAGAGACAGAUCUAGAUCACCAAGAAGAACUUCAAGACCUGCUCCAAGUCCAUCAAUUGCCAGUUUAAAACAAAAUCUACAACAUUUGAAGCAAAUCAAGGCUCAACAACAACAACAACAACAACAACAACAAUUUCCAGCUGUGAAUCGACAAAAUUCAAUCCAAAACUCACCACCAAUUCAAAAUCAAUCUGCGUUUGUUUCACCUCAAGAAAUGGGUGGUGAAUUAAAUUUGCCAGGUACUGCACAUUAUAGACCAAGAGAUGUUGGAUUUGAUCCAAGUUGUGCACAAGGUGCUAUAAAAGUUUUAUCAAGAACAUUAUUUAUCGGAGGAGUACCAAAAGGCAUGGAUGAAAGAGCUUUAGCUCAGGUUUUAAGACCGUUUGCUGAAAUUCAAUCCGUUAUUUUAAAUAGUGAAAGAAAACAUGCAUUUGUUAAAGUUUAUUCCAGACAAGAAGCUGAACAAGUUAUAUCAAAUUUUAAUAAGGAUAAUUCAUUACCAUUAAGAACUAGGUGGGGUGUUGGGUUUGGACCAAGAGAUUGUUGUAAUUAUCAACAUGGUAUAUCAAUAAUUCCAAUUCAAAGAUUAACUGAUGCUGAUAAAACUUGGCUUGUGAAUUCACAAUGGGGUGGUACUGGUGGUCAACCAAUUUCAUCAGGUAUGUGUGUCGUUGAACCUGAAAUACAAGUGGGUGCUGGGUUAUCCAGUAAAGCUUUAAGUCAAAAGAUGCCAACUAAUUCUUCAAGAAAUGGUCCAAAAUCUAAUAGACCAGGUGAACCAGAUGAUCAAUAUGUUCAAACAACUUUAUUAGGUUCAAAUAAUAUUCAAAUGAGUCAUGGAGCUCAACCCGAUUUUAAUACUUAUCAACAAUCAAGUAUAAAUCCAUUACAACAAUAUAAUCAACCACAACAUCAACAACAACAACAACAACAGCAACAACCAAAUACUUUACCACCAAAUAUAUCAGAAAUAUUAAUGCAAGCAAUGCAAGGUCAACAACAACAACCCCAACCUCAACAAUAUCAAUAA